AGAUCCAAUCGUAGCUGUUUCUCACCUGAGAGUUUGCUAGGGAAUUGAAAUCGUGAGAUAUUGUAAAUUUUCCCCACUCUUGCUGCUGCUGGUGGACACAUUUUUGGCUACCGUAAUUUUAGUAAAUGUUUAUCACACAAAAUGAUCUAAUACUGCACUUAUAACUUUAUAUUAGCAACAUCUUCACAAGCAAAUAGGACGGGAUUAAUGUUUAGUAAUCUUUGAGUUUGACAGCUAAUUAGUCCGUAUAUCCUAUUGAGCUAUUGUAUCACGGCAAUUUCAAAUUUGUGAACUGAGACUGUUUCUCUUUUAAUUAUUAUGCAUAAUGUUUUUUUUUUGUGUUGGAUUCCAAAAUCUCUGACGCAGCUCCAAACACAAAAGUAGGUUUAAUCCCACAAUUCAUUACAUCAACUCUACACUGCGACCACAUUCUUACCAGCAGCUUCUCUCAGUACGUCUUCUUCGCAUGCUCUUUUGUUCAUCGCUCUUUGAUUGAAAUAACGUAGACCUCACACGAACGCAAUCAGUUAUUUCUGUACAUUUUUAUUUUGUAUCCAGCUGAAUUUAUAGUGCCAAUAAACUAUACGACGGUAAUGGUAUUGACUUGUUAAUUUAGUACUUUUAGUAUUACCUAAAUGAAAUUGUGUUAAUAGUAAUACAACAAUUUGGUUGUACGAAUAACCAACCAUUUUACCUCACUUUUUCGAUGGCGGAAUUUCCAUUCCCGUUAUAAGGUUAUAAUCACUGUCAAGGUAUGUUUCACUGACACAAUGUUAAAUGUUCUGCUAUUCAUCUUUAUGACACUAACACUCGGUUACUUUAAGCAGUCCUUGCCAUGGACCCUGACAGAGUAAUCACCAAAACUAAAGCAGAGUAUCGGAUCAAGAAGAUAGAAAUACAAGGUAAACAGGUUAUAGACAGUAUCAUUAUAACGUAUGAUGAUGACAGUAUUUGGUCUUACGGUCUAGGAGGAGGCAAAUCACACGGAAAAACAAUCAUCUUCUCAGAUAACGAAUACUUGGUCCGAGUUACACACGAGACCCUGAUAAGCAGAAGAUGGGCGGCAGCAUCACUAGAACUGGAGACAAAUCGAGGCAGAAUCUUUACUUUCGAGCCCGUAUGUUCAAGAACACCAAAACACAAGCGUACCAUUAUAACAGCUGAUCCGGGGAUGGAAAUACUUUCCAUACAGAUAAAGUCUGGAGCACUGGUGGGGUACAAGCAGCAGCCCUGCGGAAAGGAGAGUGUUGUUAACAAAGAGUGGUUCAAUGUGCUUUAUCAGGGAACAAAGGAGGAGGAAGACGGGGUUGAGGUAACGGAGUUCUCUGAUAAGAAAGAAGCAGAGUGUUGGUGGGGGGAGGUGAGUGAGAAGUGUGGUAAGAAAGCUGGGCGGGGAGCCUUGUUUCUUGAUACGAAGAAGAACAAGAUACUGGACAAGACAGGUUCUAAAGAAUUCACAACAGAUCUGAUUAUUGAAGCUGAGAAGAGGGGUGUUUAUCUUGAUAAGAAGGAACACACCGCUAAGUUAUCCAUAUCUGCUCUUCUCUCUGCGAUCUCCAAAGCUCUUCUCACCAGACAGUACACAAUAAGAAUGUUCAUUGUUAUUGCUCUGCUCAUAUGCCACAAAGUCAUGGACUUAGAGAUAUUAAACCUAACCGGUCACCUUAUCACCAUCAUCUCUGACGACACAGCAGCUUACAAUCAGAGCUUCUACGGCACUGCCCUAUGUUACACAAUGUUGAAGUGCGAGAGCAGGUUUGAGCAUAUUAGGGCCAUCCUAAUAGGGUUCGUGCUGAUGGUAAUAUUGGAGCGACUAGUCUACCUCGGAAAUGUGUUAGUGCACGUACAGGGGCAUCACGAGAUAAUGGGUACUUUGAAUACAACCUCUCUGGAGAAGGCACUGUCCUUGCACCAGGGAUACCAUGACUCUCAUACUCAGUCUGAAGUCAAUAGUAUGAGCAAUGUUGAAAGCAUGUGCAGAUUAGUGACCUGGAACUUUCCCUACGCACUGGCUCAUGGUCUUGGUAUUUUUGCAUCUGCGUUUUAUUUAGUGAGAGCGAAUGCCACGAUUGGGGGAAUAGUGAUUGUAUUGACAGCCUUUUUCAAUGUUCUGUUUCUCAUGCCGGCAAGAAGACAAGCUAUGACGUUGGCGCGGUGCAAAACAAAGUUAUUUUCCGGAGCAGAGAACUUGAAAAGCGAGGCUAUAAAAAUGGUAUCUACCGUUAAGCAGUUUUCUCAAGAGGAACUUCACGUUAGAGAACAGAAAGUAGCAGAAAAAAGCUGGUUGUCAUGUGAGAGGUCCCUUGUGCUAAAUAGAAUUCAGAAUGAAUUUGCAGAGCAUUCCUUUAAGUAUUUUCUGCUAGCCUUCAUGAUAGCUUACGAAUUAUCCGCCUCAGAAUCAGUUUUUGGACCUGGUGAUCUCAUGAUGUUUUACAUUGUGUAUGCCAACUUCCAAAAUCAAUUUAUGUGGAUGAAUCAUCACAUAAAACUGCUCGAAGAAGAUUUGUCUGCAGUAGAGAACUAUGUAGACUUUAUUGCCACACCCUGUGAGGUGGUUUCUGGUAGCGAUAUAGUCGGUUCUCUAGAGGAAGACAUACAAUUAGAGGAUGUUCACUUUGGAUAUCCCACCAGGAUAGGGGAGACUGUCUUCUCGGGAUUGGACCUGAAAAUACAGCGCAAGAAGAUGACCGCUUUGGUAGGAGACUCUGGCAGUGGAAAGACAACAAUAGCCAAGCUACUCAUGAGACUAUACGACCCCCAGCAAGGCAGAGUUACCAUCGGUGGCAAGGACAUCAGGGACUUUGAUUUGAAAGAGCUCCACGGAAAGAUGGCCAUUGUCAGCCAGGAUCCCAGCCUCCUCAAUACUACUCUAGUGGAGAAUAUUUCUUACGGGGCAGCAACUCCAGAGCAGAUCACCAUGACAAGGGUUAAAAAAGCAGCUGAGUUGGCUAACUGUGACUUUAUCAACAAGUUCCGGAGCGGAAUGGACACGUUUGCAGGUUCACAAGGUUUACAAAUCUCGGGAGGACAAAAGCAGAGAGUAGCUAUAGCCAGAGCAGCCAUGAGAGAUCCUGAUAUCCUGAUAUUAGACGAAGCGACCUCCGCUCUGGACGCUCAAAACGAGAAGGAAGUUCAGGAGGCACUGGACAAACUAAUGAAGGGCAAGACAACUAUAGUUAUAGCUCACAGACUCAGCACUAUAAGACAGGCAGAUGAGAUUAUCUGUCUGAAGGACGGAGAGGUUAAGGAGAGAGGGACUCAUGAACAGCUGAUGGAGCUAGGCAAGUACUAUGCUAACCUGGUAUCCAAACAGCUGGUCGAGGAUACUUGUAAGAAGAUGAAGGAGAGUGUCGUGUCAGGAGAGGAUGCUAAACAGCUCAUGAAACAAGCUUCUCAGGAAUUAGUUAGACAAGUUAGCCACUCUAAGGACAAGAAAUUGAAUGAUGUUGUCAACAAGGAAUGUCCACUAAUUGGAGAGGACGGGCCUUUAUUUGUAGACUGUGAAUUAGAUGAAAAUAACUUUGGACCAUCCGAGGAAUUCACAUCAACUUCUCUCUCUAACAUGCUUUCCUUCAUCAAAUCUGAACGUUCGAAGCCUAAGUUAUCCCACGGCGGCUACCUCUACAACUACCACAAGGAGAAGUCGAGCGGCGCUAUAACCUGGAGAUGUGAGAUGAACAGCAAGCACUACCGCGAUUUGGGGAUAUCCUGCAGCUCGACGGCUUCUACCACUGGCACCUCUCCUACCUCUACCUUGGAAUGGGCCCGCGAUCACACCCACCCUCCUGACAACUCAAAGAUUAAAGCGAGAGUGAUCUGCCAGGAUGUGAAGGAACGGGCUACCACGGAACCUACCGCUACCCCAAACCUCAUCACUACCGACUCCUUGAUCGGCGCCACACCGGACGUGAACCUUUCCCUUCCUCAACCUGGUUCCUUGAAGCGAACUGUACAGCGCAAGCGGAAAGCGUCUACCCUUCAAUCUCACCCUGACCUAGCAACUGCGAAUGAUAGGACACUCACUGACCUAUGCAUCCCGGAAUUUCUGUACCAACCAUUUAAGAUUUUUGACUCUGGUCCUGGGGAUGAUAGAAUUGUAAUGUUUACUACUGAUUCUAAUCUUGCUUUGCUACGGGAAUCCAUGCGAUUUGCUGGAGAUGGGACUUUCAAAGUAGCUCCUGCUUUGUGGUACCAGAUCUAUACAAUCCAUGCGAUGAAAAACGGGUAUACUGUUCCAUGUGUUUAUGCACUGUUGCCGAAUAAACGCAAGGAAACGUAUACACGUCUUUUCACCCAGCUCAAAGCCUGGUUGGAGCCUGUAUCUACGUUACAGUUCUCUCAUUUCUUGGUAGACUUCGAGCAGGGAGCUUACUUGGCACUGGUAGAUGUGUUCCCUAGUGUUGAAGUUGAAGGGUGUUUCUUUCACCUUUGCCAGCGGCUCGACUAUCAUGUUAAGGAGUUGGGGUUGAUGACGAAGUAUCAGAAUGAUCCAGACUUCAAGCUCCGAGUGAAGAAACUAGCUGCGCUUGCCUUUCUUCCUCUUACGGACGUUAUCGAUGCCUUUGAAGUCCUGGCCGACACUUUUGAAGAUGACGAGCUUCCACUCCUCGGCUACUUCGAGCCUACUUGGAUUGGUGUAACUGUGGGGCGCAGCCGACGGCGGACUGCACCUAUCUUCCCUCUUGCCAUGUGGAACGUCAUCGGGCGUCACUUCACGGGGACGACUCGAACCACCAACGCUCUCGAGGCCUUCCAUCACGCCUUCAACUCCCUACUCAGCUCAGUCCUUGCCAUGGACCCUGACAGAGUAAUCACCAAAACUAAAGCAGAGUAUCGGAUCAAGAAGAUAGAAAUACAAGAUAAACAGGUUAUAGACAGUAUCAUUAUAACGUAUGAUGAUGACAGUAUUUGGUCUUACGGUCUAGGAGGAGGCAAAUCACACGGAAAAACAAUCAUCUUCUCAGAUAACGAAUACUUGGUCCGAGUUACACACGAGACCCUGAUAAGCAGAAGAUGGGCGGCAGCAUCACUAGAACUGGAGACAAAUCGAGGCAGAAUCUUUACUUUCGAGCCCGUAUGUUCAAGAACACCGAAACACAAGCGUACCAUUAUAACAGCUGAUCCGGGGAUGGAAAUACUUUCCAUACAGAUAAAGUCUGGAGCACUGGUGGGGUACAAGCAGCAGCCCUGCGGAGAGGAGAGUGUUGUUAACAAAGAGUGGUUCAGUGUGCUUUAUCAGGGAACAAAGGAGAAGGAAGACGGGGUUGAGGUAAAGGAGUUCUCUGAUAAGAGAGAAGCAGAGUGUUGGUGGGGGGAGGUGAGUGAGAAGUGUGGUAAGAAAGCUGGGCGGGGAGCCUUGUUUCUUGAUACGAAGAAGAACAAGAUACUGGACAAGACAGGUUCUAAAGAAUUCACAACAGAUCUGAUUAUUGAAGCUGAGAAGAGGGGUGUUUAUCUUGAUAAGAAGGAACACACCGCUAAGUUAUCCAUAUCUGCUCUUCUCUCUGCGAUCUCCAAAGCUCUUCUCACCAGACAGUACACAAUAAGAAUGUUUGUUGUUAUUGCUCUGCUCAUAUGCCACAAAGUCAUGGACUUAGAGAUAUUAAACCUAACCGGUCACCUUAUCACCAUAAUCUCUGACGACACUGCAGAUUACAACCAAAGCUUCUACGGCAAUGCCCUCUGUUACACAAUGUUGAAGUGCGAGAGCAGGUUUGAGCAUAUUAGGGCCAUCCUAGUAGGGUUCGUGCUGAUGGUAAUAUUGGAGCGACUAGUCUACCUCGGAAAUGUGUUAGUGCACGUCCAGGGGCAUGUCGAGAUAAUGGAACUCCUCGAAGAAGAUUUGUCUGCAGUAGAUAACUAUGUAGAGUUUAUUGCCACACCCUGUGAGGUGGUUUCUGGUAGCGAUAUAGUCGGUUCUCUAGAGGAAGACAUACAUUUAGAGGAUGUUCACUUUGGAUAUCCCACCAGGAUAGGGGAGACUGUCUUCUCGGGAUUGGACCUGAAAAUACAGCGCAAGAAGAUGACCGCUCUGGUAGGAGACUCUGGCAGUGGAAAGACAACAAUAGCCAAGCUACUCAUGAGACUAUACGACCCCCAGCAAGGCAGAGUUACCAUCGGUGGCAAGGACAUCAGGGACUUUGAUUUGAAAGAGCUCCACGGAAAGAUGGCCAUUGUCAGCCAGGAUCCCAGCCUCCUCAAUACUACUCUAGUGGAGAAUAUUUCUUACGGGGCAGCAACUCCAGAGCAGAUCACCAUGACAAGGGUUAAAAAAGCAGCUGAGUUGGCUAAUUGUGACUUUAUCAACAAGUUCCGGAGCGGAAUGGACACGUUUGCAGGUUCACAAGGUUUACAAAUCUCGGGAGGACAAAAGCAGAGAGUAGCUAUAGCCAGAGCAGUUGUUGAAGAUCCUGAUAUCCUGAUAUUAGACGAAGCGACCUCCGCUUUGGACGCUCAAAACGAGAAGGAAGUUCGGGAGGCACUGGACAAACUAAUGAAGGGCAAGACAACUAUAGUUAUAGCUCACAGACUCAGCACUAUAAGACAGGCAGAUGAGAUUAUCUGUCUGAAGGACGGGGAGGUUAAGGAGAGAGGGACUCAUGAACAGCUGAUGGAGCUAGGCAAGUACUAUGCUAACCUGGUAUCCAAACAGCUGGUCGAGGAUACUUGUAAGAAGAUGAAGGAGAGUGUCGUGUCAGGAGAGGAUGCUAAACAGCUCAUGAAACAAGCUUCUCAGGAAUUCGUUAGACAAGUUAGCCACUCUAAGGACAAGAAAUUGAAUGAUGUUGUCAACAAGGAAUGUCCACUAAUUGAAGAGGACGGGCCUUUAUUUGUAGACUGUGAAUUAGAUGAAAAUAACUUUGGUCCAUCCGAGGAAUAAUGAUUAUUAAGACGGUUUCAGAUUGUUCCAUAAUGUUUAAACUUAUGAUAUUUUAUUUGUUACUGACCAUUCUCCGUGAUUUUGUUUUUAAAAGAAU